GUUCCGGACUGAACUGUCUUUUCCGUUUGUGAAAAAAAAUACGUUGAUGCAUUUAUUUUUUUUAUGUGUAUUUGUGAUGUAUGGUGAGUCCUCAAGAGAAGUUUACAUGUUUCGCAGUCAGUGAAGAACCGCUAUGCUAUAGUUGCGUGUCGCACAUCGUACCGUCGAGGAAAGGCUGACUCCCAACCAGUUCUGGCGUAGCCGUGGGCGUGAACAGCGCAACGUCACUUCCUCGUGUGUCUUGUGUGUUCUUUGUGGGUGUGGGUUUCGCGCCCUUUGUCGUGUCGUGUAGCCAUUCUGUGUCGUCUGCGUGGGCGUAUGUCCGUGCGGCGACGAGUGCCUUGUUUGGCAGCGGUGGAAAUAGCGUCCCGCAGCGCAUGACGUCAGCCGUGGUCGUGGCGAAGGUCUUUCCGUCGGUGGUGGUGGCGACGGGAUAAUCGCCAUCGCCUGUUUACGAAGCAAGCCUUCUUUUUUUAAACAGUAUGAUGGAUGUUUGUGGCGGAUGACGAUAAGGCCGCCGAGAGAGGAAGGGCCGCGCUGCCUCGAGGGAAACGAUGAAGAGUGUGGGUGGCAUGGGCGGCGGGGGCGCAGGAGGGGACCUCGGGAACCCCGCCAGGAUCCUCCUGCAGAACCAAGAGAACGGGAGGAAGGAAGGCCGAGAGGAGAGGAAGGAGGCUCUGGAGACCGAAGGUGGCGUCGAAGGCAACGUCCCUUCCUUCUCCGGGGGUGUGGGACGGGCGGCCGCAAAGCAUCUGCCCUCAAGGAAAGCCCCCAGAACGGUUCUCCAGGCCAUGGCGGUUCCUCAGAGCGCUGCAAGGGUGGCUUCAUCCGAGGGCAGGAGUCUCUUAGAGGGACGGGCCCCCGGAAGGUUCAGCAUUGCUGAAUCCACACGGGUCGUGGCGCCGUCGCACAAACAGGCGUCCUCUGCUUCGCCCCCCAGGGUUCCCCUGCGGCCACCCGCCCCUGUUUCCUCCGGGCCUCCGGAGUUCACUUGCCGUCAAGAGCAGCAGAGUAGCUUCUCGGCGCUGCAUUCCCAGGACAGCAAGUAUCGCCCUCUCGGACCCCUUCCUGGCCCUCCGGCCGGUAGCCUCGAGUUACAAAACCUUCUCCGCCAACAACAGAGAGACCGAGAGACCACACUGCACGCGCUCCCGCACCGCUCACCGCUCGAGGACGAAAAGCACCCAAGUCUUCAGGGGCAGAGGGACCGGAGCCUUCAUGGUCGCCACGAAGAGGCUCAGCACCAAGUUCACCAGCAACAGCAAGUCACCACGGCGUUUACGGCCGAUUAUAAACAGCAAAAAAGUCAGCAGCUGCAACAUCAACGCGAACCAAACCUGCAACAAGGGAGGCCGCGGGUCGGGGCAGCUGUUGAGCCUUCUCUGCCCGGGGCGCACGUGUCCCCACCUGCCUACGUAUCCAAGAUGAUAAGCACUUCCGCUUAUCCUUGGAUGUUGUUGCGGCGGUCCGGGACGUCUCCCAGCUUGCUCGGCCGCCCUGCCGUCGCCGCUGCGCCCACCUCCGCCGCCAUUUUAGCGUCAUCGUCAUCAUCCCUUGCGCAAAACUUACCCCGGACAACGCAGGCAUCUUUGGCAGGUCCGCCGUCUUCCUCCAUGACUACUGCGCAAGGAACGUCAGCUUCCGUUGAGGGAAGGCAGUCGUUUCCUGGCGCCCAGGAAGCACAAACAAGAAAGUUACCUUCGUCUUCAGCGCAAGAUUCCAGUCGCGAUGUGGGCUCGCCCGGCAUUCAGAUCGACGUGAAACAAAGCACAUUUCGCGUACGCCCUGAGUUGACGCUGCCUUUAUCUGCCCAAAACACAUGUGUCCCCGCCUGGCCGGUGCGGCCACCUGCUGUGUCAGCGAAAACAACAGACUCGCUCUCCGGGAUUCUAACAAAGCCAUGCGAUACGACGAGCUCCUCGUUGCUACAACAACCGACCGGCGGCUGCCUUGUGCCCGGUGCCCGCGGACCGUCGCUGAUAACGAGACCAUGGGCAAACAAAUCACGGCCUUGUGUCGACGCUGGCCUACCGCCGGCGGGCGCGACCUUGGCGGCCAGAGCCAAGCGCAAGCCCUGUGCCAGUGACGCUUCAUCGUGGCACCCGCGCUUCAUGUCGGGGAAGCCGCCGGCGUUUGCCACACACCGCCCGCACGCCCGCUUGCCGCCGCCCAAGCCCAAGAGGAUGAGGCUCCACCGGCCGGACCCCAAUUCUCUGGGAUCACUUCAGGGACAGGCCCAGGACCAGCGAGGCGGACCUCCGGCGCCACAGCCAGUCCGAAUGAGCGUCCCGAGCAGGGAGGACCUCAUAGAAAGAGUGCGAGAAAUCCUCCUGUCGUCGGGGAUGGCGGGAGGAAGCGGCGAGAGACGGUCGCCCUCUACGGGGAGUGGGGAGGAGCUCGAGCCUGCUCCGCCGGCCGAAAGGGAACUCGCGCAUUCUGCAGAAAGAGAAGUUCGCUCUGAGAGAAGAGUUAAGGAGGAAAGUUUCAGUAAAUACUUGCGUAAAACAAAUGACUUGACAGAAGAAAGCAUACAAUGCAGCAGCCUAGAAAAUGUAAUAAACGUUGCCGACGACCAUAAGUCUGCAACAGCACGCCAUUCGCAGCUGCUGUUGACGAAUGGGUCGCAGCUAUCCUCGAAAACAAAGCUGCGUUAUCAAGAGCGAGGGAGCGACGACACGCCAGCCCCUCUGGCAGGGCUAGCAGGGAGCGGCUCCCUGCCCUCCGCACCCGGGAGAAGGCCCGCAGAGGACACGAGAUCUCCGAUGCUGCGCGCCCACGUGAGGAGCGAUUCCCUGUCGGUGGCCGCCCCGCUGCCUCCACCGGCGCUGGUCAAGAGUCCCAGGGCUCGCGCGGUGUGGCAGAGGGUGAGGUUCGAGGAGGACACCACCAGUGUGCCGGGCGUGUACCUGGACGACGUUUUCCAGCGCGUGUUGUGGGAGACGCAGCUGCGCAGGGAGAAGGGGCGGCUGCGCUGUUCCCUUAGCUGGACGGGAUCCUGGCAUGAGGGAGAGGCUGAGGCGCCUCGUGUCGAGGACCAGGGCUUGCAGGAGUUCCCCGCCCUUCGCAGCGCCGAGGAGGGAGCAAGGCGAGUGCUGAUUCCGACCCAUACCCGUGCUGCCUCCCUGCCAGUGCUCAUAGAAAACCCACUUUACGGAUGCGUCGAGACUCUUUCUCCCUCUGCUGACAUACUCCCGCAGUCACAGACUAAGACUGGGACACUGCCGUUUACCCCAAAACAGCCGCUUACGCAGACACAGUCGCAUACACAGCAGCAACCACAUACACAGCCACAGUCACAUCCUCAGCCACUUACACACACACAGCUACAACCACAGCCACAUGCACAGCCGCAGAUAAAGCAGCCUGCACCUCCACUCGACGUCCUUGGAGGCCCAUUAGACGACAGGGAGGCGGAGGCGGCCGACGCAGCGCAGCCCCUGACCCGAAAGGCCAACCCUGCGGGCCCGCUUGGCGCCAGCCCUCCGCGCCUCGACCUGGCUGGGGACGUGAAGCACCACCCGCUGCGGAGGUCGUGGUCUGGCCCGGGCCUCCUGGAGUCCUGUGUUGGCAUGGGUGGCGCAGUGCUCGGUGCCAGACAGGACGACCCGGCCAAGUCGUCCACGAAUUCGCCUCGCGCUGUGGAACCCGAGCCCCAGUCGCGAAAGUCGUCGUUCUUGCACGACCGACACCGAUUUCUGUCGUCUCUCCUGUGUGACAGCUGCCACGAGUACGCGUCGUGCCCCGCUUACGUAAGUCAUGAGCGACCGCCAUCACCCCCUCGUGACCGCCGCGAGGAGGCCGACCCGCACGAGGCUCAAUUGCGAACCUCGACGUCCACGCAUCGAGCUCAUCUUGAAGCCUCGUCGUCGGCUCCGCAGGUGGCCUGCCAUGAGACCAAGCCGCAUGAGGAUGGUCACCGCAUGGCCUCGCAUGCCGACCCAGACCGCCUCGGUUUAGAUCAGCCCUUGUUCGAAGCCGGUCCUUCCUCUGCCCCCGAAAUUACAGGCGUUGUGCAUGCAGCCCCGCACGACGUCUCGCCCCUCGCCACAAGCACUCCCAAGUUCCCGCACCGUGGAGCUGCCAGGGGCGAGGAUGAGAGCUUGGGCUGCGGGCUGAGCAUUCUUCCGUCGACUGGAUCCUCCGCAGGACUUCGGUCCUCGACUCCCCCGCCCUCCUCCGCCAUCAUGAGCAGCGGGUGCGGCAUGCCCGCCCCCCCACCCUCCUCCGUGGGCGGCCACCCGCCAGCGCUGCCGCCCGACCGACCGCACUCCUACCUCACUCACCAUUCCGCCGUGGCGCAGGAAAAUGGAGGCGUGGGGGUCUCGCCGCGGCUGGGGUCUCCGGAGCGGCCCGAGAAGAGCAUCAAGGUGCACUUCAACACCUCCUUCAACGUCGUCAAGUUCGGCGACGGAACGGAUGUCAAGGGGAUAAUCAAUGUGGUCAUUGGCAGACAGGCCGCAGGACCACGACCAUAUGAAAGUAUGUUUGCCAUCAGACUUCGCAACACCAUCACAGGGGAACUCCAUUGGCUACAUCAAGAUCUUACUAUGUACCAAGUUGAAGAGAAAUACCCAGAUUACCAGAGUGAGGACUGGAGAUUCGAGCUCCGGGUCCGCUACGUCCUUUCAGACCUCCACCAGCUCUACGACAAAGACCGCACUACGUUCUGCUACUACUAUGAACAGGUGAAAAAUGACUAUUUCGAAGAAGACGGCCGAGGAAACGAAGGCAUUGAUCAGGAAUCGGCAAUUCAGUUAGCUUGUAUUGAAAUUAAGCGAAUGUUUAAGGACAUGAAUGGGAGCACCCUGGAGAAGAAAUCAAACCUAGAGUUUCUGGAGAAGGACGUCGGCCUGCACAAAUUCCUUCCAUCUUCAAUCCUAAACACAGUCAAGCCCAAAACGCUGCGCAAGUCACUCCAGCAACACUUCAAGAAAUACGGCCAGCUGUCAGAGUCUGAGUGCUUCUUUAAAUUCCUAGAACUGUUAGGCAAAGGCAGGAAAUAUGACCAGGAGUCUUUCCGAUGUGCUCUGGGGUCUGGUUGGUCAAUUCCAGUCACCCUGCUGGUGGGCCCUUCAGUUGGGAUUUCAUACACAACAGAUUCUGCAUCAAAGCCUCACCACAUGGCAAGCUUUGAACAAGUCCAGAGUGUAGAGACACUAACCACAGACUGUGAUACCCACCGCAAGGCCCUUGUACAACUCAAGGUGGCAGGAACAGCAGAGGCGCUGACAGUCACGUGCCCGAGCAUAGCUGCCGCCGAGAGCCUUGCAGACCUGAUUGACGGUUACUGCCGCCUUGUAAACAACACACGCACGUCCUUGUGGAAUACAAAAGUUCAUAUAUGGAAGUCUUUACCGUGCCCAUGCCAGACUCCACAAGAAGUGAGCGGCUCUGGAAGCAGCAGCUCGAGACACAGUUCUGAAACAGGAGGCGACUCCCGUAGAGGUGCUGGUGGCUCCGAGGACUAUGCCGAGAUUGUGGAUGAUGAGGGAGAUUACUCAACACCAGCAACCAAAGACUAUGAACUAGAGAGGAAUAGCAUAGACGUUGGGGAGAUCAUCGGCGAGGGUCAGUUUGGCGAUGUGCACACUGGGAUGUACAGACACCGUGAUGGCUCCAAUGUCGCUGUGGCCAUCAAAACGUGCAAGGUGGAGUCAGAGGGAACAAUGGCUGAGAAGUUCUUGGAGGAAGCCUACAUUAUGCAACAGUUUGACCAUCCAUACAUUAUCAAGCUCAUAGGUAUAUGCUCAGACUCUCCCAUUUGGAUAGUGAUGGAACUAGCUCGAUAUGGAGAGAUGCGAGCGUAUUUACAAAACAACAAGGAUAGAUUAAGUCUGGCCACCCUAGUCCUAUAUGCCUUUCAGCUUUCCACAGCUCUCUCAUACUUGGAGAGCAAGAAGUUUGUACACAGGGAUAUUGCCGCCCGAAACGUAUUGGUUUACUCCCACGAUUGUGUUAAGCUGGCAGACUUUGGCCUGUCUCGGUGGGUUGAGGAACAGAGCUACUACAAGGCCAGCAAAGGGAAGCUACCCAUCAAAUGGAUGGCUCCUGAGUCAAUAAACUUUAGGAGAUUUACCAGCUACAGUGAUGUUUGGAUGUUUGGUGUAUGCAUGUGGGAGAUUUUGAUGCUGGGAGUCAAACCGUUCCAAGGUGUCAAGAAUAACGAUGUAAUCAAGCGAAUUGAGAAUGGAGAGAGAUUAGCUCUCCCUCCCAACUGCCCUCCCCGACUCUACUCCUUGAUGUCUCACUGUUGGAUGUACGAGCCCAUAAAGAGACCGUCCUUUAAACACAUCAAAGAAGACUUGAGUGAGAUUCUCAGAGAAGAGAGAACACAGCAGCAUGAGACCAUGAGAAGAGAAAACAGACGAGUUCAAGGCAUGUCUUGGGGAUCUGAUGAGCCUCCACCCAAACCAUCGCGAGUCCCAAUGAUGUCUGGUGGCCGUGGACACACCGCCACACCCCCCCCACCUUCUGGUUCAGGCCUGGGCUCCCCACCUCUCUACGCUCCCUCGCAGCGUCAGGGGAGCCACCAGAGUGACUCGGGAGACAUGAUGAGUGGCGCAGGAAGUUUAGGGGGCUCCUCUGGCUUUGGGGGAGCUGUGACCUCAGCUGAUGUUGCUGAGCUGCAGCACAGGCUCUUGGAGCAGAGAUUACGGCAACAGCAAAAGCAGACAGAGGAAGACAACCGAUGGCUAGCUCAUGAGGAAAACAAUAUGCGUAAACGCAUGUCCUUCGCCACAAGUGCAUCGGAUAAGUCGGACUCUGACAGUGAGUCCCCAGUAACACACCACCCUCCUUCCUCACCUUCACCUGCCCAGUCAGAAGAGAUCCGUGAGAGAUCGGCAACUCCUCUCUCAAAUGGAUCAGGUUCCGCCGUGGAAGAGCCAAAGAUUGUUGUAAAGCAAGUAGAACCAACCCCAACAGCUGAUCUAGACCGUAGCAAUGACAAGGUUUAUGAAUCCACAAUUCAUGUUGUGAAGGCAAUCACUGCUCUCACUCAUGAUGUGAAGGAAGGACAAGCACAUGUCUACCUGGACCAUGUAAAGAAGGUUGGUCAUGAACUUAGGGAUUUGCUGGCAACAGUGGACACUCUCAUGACAGCCAUCCCUCCUUCAUCACACAGAGAGGUUGAGUUGGCUCAUAAGGUGCUAUCCAAAGACAUGACAGAUCUGGUACAAGCAUACAAACUAGCCCAAAAGUAUGGCAGCACUACAUUGGAUGAAGAGUACCGAAAGCGAAUGUUGUCUGCUGCUCAUGUCUUAGCCAUGGAUUCCAAGAACUUACUGGACGUCAUAGAUGGUGUUAGAAUUAGACACGGCCUAGCUACCUACCUGCCUUCAAAACAUUCCGCUGUGUGAUCUUAUCCAUGGCAGUCAACACCUGAACUCGCCUUGAAUGCAUGAUGGAUAACUGUCGAGAGCCCACAAAUGACAAAGCAGUUCAUGAGCAAAUAUGAGAUGUAUAUCUGGUAUUCACUCUUUUCUUAUUUGUGUGUUUUGGUUACUGGAACCAUCAUCAGGAAGCUUUGACCAAGUAAAAUGCUUGCUGGGAAAGCAUUCACGAAAAUCCAAAGACUAUACUUUUUUUUCUUUUUUUUUUUUCAUUCCUUUUUUUUUUUUUUUCUUUCUUUUUUUUACUUUUUUUUAUAACACUGUUACAAGUGAUAAAGGAAACCAAGGUGGGAAUCGGUGUUUUCUGAUCUCCAUUGAUGAUUACACUGAAUCUAGAGUGCAUUUUCUCUUAAGAUGUCUGUGGAGCAGAUGAAGGAUGUUAGCCCCAGCCCCUUUUAUUACUAGGGUUGGGUGUGUAUAUUAUAGUCAGUACCACUAGACCUUUGUGUGAUUGCUACCAUUAUCUGGAGGUGAUGACCCAGGUUGUUGUCCGCAGGGUAUUUCUAUUCCAUAAGACUCAUCACAAAUGGGUGUCUGAAGUAAGAUAAUGAGAAACUACUGCUGGAAGUGCUCCCCUGGUGUAUGUAUAUGACAUUCAAUUAAUUAAAUCUCAUGUAUAUUAUAACAACAAUACUAGAUAACAUGUCUUCUUAUCUGUCUUAGGCAGAAUUCAUAAAUGAUUCAUGUUCAUUUUUGCUUCCUUUUUGGGUAGCAGUUAGAUUUUUUCCAGUGGCAACUAUAUGCCAGUAACUUCAGUUGUCAAAGUCAGUCGUAAAAAGAUAAUAAAUAAUAAUAGAAAAAAAAUAUUCCUCCCCCCACAUUAUCACCACUACCCCAAGAAAAUCAAAUAAAGCAAUCAAACUUGUACUUCCAAGACAACUUUUAAGGUAUUUUCAUAUGAAACUUACAGGGGCAAAAGUUUUUAAAAAGUGGUCACCAAUCAUUUAUGAAUGUCCCAUGUUGAUGGCAUGUCUUUUGUGUCAAAGCUUGCUGCUCUUUAGUCAUGAAGAUCCUAAGACAUCACCAGAUUCUCUAGGGUCGUUGAUUUAGCUGUAGUAGAAUCGCCUUUUGUUACUCAGAGGAGAGAAAAGUGAUCAAGACUUGCUUUAAUUCCAGUGUGAAGUUCUUUGGACAUUUUUUUUGCUCCGAUGAGGGAAAUGCGCUUCUCGUGUUUUUUUGUGGCAGAGUUGCAAGCUCUUGUAUGUACUCUUUACUCACUGUCUGAUAUAUAUAUAUGAAUAUGUACUAUAUGAUUUUUGUGGUGUAAAUAUUAAUCUAGUUCACUGCGUGUAAUUAUUUAAUUUGACGGUCUCAAAUGAAUAAAGAAUAUUGACCCAG